AUGAUGAAAAGGCAGCAGCCAGCUGGGUCAGGCAAAAAUUCGUCCAACGCCAAUGAACCCAUCGUCAGUGAGGAAUAUUUUGAAGCCUGCAAUAGGUUUCAGGGCAACUUUGCUUUACGAAAUGGCCAGACCCCGACAUCAGAUGACGGCAGUUUCAUCCAGGCCAUCGUCCAGGGUGAAACAGCUCCGUCACCAGAUGUUCAUAAAAGCCGAUAUCGGAUAACUCUGGAUUAUGCCUACGAUCCAGCAGACAAAGCACUCGCCUUGGACGACUCAGUUCUCGAAGAACUGAUCCGAAUCUUGAGACCUUCCGCGGACUCCAUAGAAAACUUAAGUCAAGCAGACUUACUGGAGGGAUUAAAGCCCGUUUUACACAGCCUUCUAUCACACUUCGUCAGCAGAUCACAGUCACUGGAAGCUGAGAGGGGAUUCCGACCUAUACCAAAACCAAGAUCCUCCACCUCGUCAGUUCGACUACAUGUGAAUAGGACAGUCGAAACAAAUGAACAGGCAGAUGAGCACGAGGCUGAGCGGGUUGAUCCGGAUGAGGACCUUAAAGAAGGGCAAUCACCAGAAGAGGCCGCAGAAACGGUCACAGCAGAGGUCGUGGCCGAAUCACAGGAAAGGCUGCAAGGUUCUGGUCAAAUGUCUGCGGAGGAGCUGGAAGCUUCACCUGAGGAUGAUCAACUCUAUGCAGAACCCAUGAUCGGAGAUCAGGAAAAUCUGCCGUUUUCGGAUUCAGUGCCCGUAGAGAAGCCAGAAGCUUCCUCUGAGGAUGAUCAGCUCGACGCGGAACCCGUAGUCGAAGGUCAGGAAUAUCUGCCAUUUUCAGAUCCAGCGCUUGCGGAGAAGCCAGAAGCUUCACCUGACAAUGACCAACUCGACGCCGAACCCAGUCCAGGAGCAGUAGACUAUCCCAAUCCCGCUAGUGACCAUCAAUCUGGAGAAACAAAUGUUGCGGAAAACGAGUCCCUAAAAACUGCUCAAUCAAAGUCCCAACCUUCCGAGAGAUCGAUACCAGAACAUUCGCUUGCUAAUUCUGUCCAGGAUCCUAAUGUGAUAUCGACCGACGGCAAAGAAAUUGUUGUCGAGAGUGUCAUCGACUUGUCCUCGAGCCCCGUUGUGACCCAAGAAUUUGUACCCUAUUCAGAGGCAAACCAAGACUUUGUUCCAUCUCAGGACCUUCCAGAAGAGUCCGUCACCAAUACAAAGAUCACCGAAGACGGCAAUGGUCAAGAAAGUUUGAAUGACAACUUAUUAGUGCCCAGAGAUUCACCUUUACAUGUUCUCCAGAUAGACGCAUACGAUGCUAACGAGGUGGUUUCCCAAGGCCCGUUGGAAACCGCAGAUCAGCCUACUGAAGUUUUAGAUGCAGUUAUUCAGGAGGUGGAAGACCUUCCAGAAAGGCCUAUUCCGGAAAUUGUUCUUGACACACAACAGGUGAAUGAACUUGAAGAGGCGGACUCUAAACUCGUUAAGAUAUCCAAAAAGGUUACAAAGCGGCCGGACUCGAGGUCGCGAGGAUCUUGCGAGCACUCAGUCAUCGGAAUUCGGGCCUCAGUCGAUGGAUCAGUUCUUAAGCUGACUCAAGAGUCCGAGGUAUGCCCUGGAGACAAUUCGGAAGAUGGGGGCACAGAGAGGACAUACAAUCUUGAUGUACUAAUUUCCUGGCCGAAGAAGAGGAAGGGGUUGGAUAGCGGAGGGCAACUGGAUCUUCGAGUGGGAUUGCCUGGCGCGGAAAUGAAAGUAGCCUCUGAUGGGAAGUUUUUCGAAGUCUCCUCCAGCCCUACUACGGCUUCCAAAAAGUGCGAACCCGCGGAGUCAGACAACGAGGCUCUACCGGGAGCGGAGUACGAAAAAAAUGACCAAAAUGGCUCCUGCUCCAUACCCGAUGGAUAUACGAUGGAAGGACUGCCGAAUAUUCACACACCUGAACGUUUAUCGUUUCCCAACUCCUGGUCGCUGAAGUCCAGCCAGACUUUACCUCGACUAUCUCAUCAGAUAGGGCGUUUCCUGGUGUCGACGUAUAGACCUGGCAUUCAUGUUCAUCACAUCGAGCGAGCGGCAUACCUAACAACCAUUCGCCAGUCACCGUUCGGAGGACUAGCUGACUUAAAACCGACACUUAUCUGUCUUUCAAAUGCGGAGGAAAUUCUUUUAUUUCGCCAUGCAUUCUAUGUGAGUAAAGGUAUCCCGGAAGUUCUGCGAGAUUUUUACAGGAAGUGGAUAAAGGCCAAAAACCAAGGCGCCUCACAUGAACUGCAUCUGACACUGCGAUUGGGAAAUGGAGAGGAUGAAAGCCAUUGUGGUUUAGCCCCAAAGUUGAGCGGUCUCCCCGAACAAAUCUCAUCUGGACUAGCCAGCUCCGCGCGAAUGUUCAUAAUACGCCCACGUGUACGAAGGGUGCUCUUAGAAAUGCCUUCGACAAUUAACGGGUUUGGCUCCCCAAACCGAAAGCGUCUUGGUGUUCUUGACACCUUCAAGGGACUAAUAACAGCUUCUAGCUCCACAACUCCAAAGGCUCUCCUUUGGCAAGGGUUCCUCUCGCAUAAACACAUCAGUUACAGCCUGCAGCAGUGUGUGAGCAGACGAGUUAUUUUCUGCAAAUUCACCCUUGCCCCCGAAAGUGAAACCGCGACGGUUGAACAGCAUUCACGCCAGUCCUCUAUGUAUAGGAUUCUGAGUGCACUUUUAACUCCUAGUCUAUGCGAACUGUUUUGGCCUCCUCGUCGACCAAAACGACUUGCAAAGGCCCCUGCUAUUAUGUCCGCCUCUCAUGUGAUUGAUGGUCCGCACCGGCACAAACGUCGCCGUUCUGCAAAGCCGGAGGUGACGAAGGGACUGGCGUCUGGAGAGCAGAGUUUACGUUUAAAUGAGCUCUAUUUUCCUGAAGACUUUUACUUUUGA